AGAAAUUACAUUAACCAAAUACACAGAAUCUUCAAUAUUCUGCAAACCCUAAAAAAAUCCCAAUUUCUUUCCAAUUUUUGGAGAGUGAAAUCCUAUUUAGGGAAUGCAGAGAGAUGAUAAGAAAAUCCCCAUUUUCUGAUACCCUUUUAGGAGGCUGUAAGCCCCAAAUUUCCCUCGCCGGCGGCCGGAAUUGCCACCGGAAACACGUCAAUCUUUUUUCUGAAGGUUCUUGAACCCACCCAACCACCCCCCAUAUAUACCCCUCAAUCUUUUUUUGAAAAAACAAACACCCUUUUCAGUCUUGAGUCAGAAAAGUUGCUCAAAAAACAAUCUUUUUUGCAAAACUAACACCCUUUUCAACCUUGUGUUCAAAAAGCAGGUCUUUUUUGCAAAAGCUGACACCCUUUUCAACCUUGUGUUCAAAAAUUAGGUCUUUUUCGCAAAAAAAUAAAUACCCUUUUCAAUAUUUGCUUCAAAAAAGCAAUCUUUUUAGCAAAAACAAACAUCCUUUUCAGUCUUUUUCUAAUGGGGCCAGAAGAAAAGAAUGGAGUUUUGUACGGAAAAUACGAGCUGGGACGAAUUUUGGGUCAAGGAACUUUUGCAAAAGUGUACCAUUCGCGUAACGUGGUAACAGGGGGAAAUAUAGCCAUGAAAGUAGUAGGGAAAGAAAAGGUGAUAAAAGUAGGAAUGAUGGAGCAAAUCAAACGAGAAAUCUCCGUUAUGAAAAUGGUGAAACACCCAAAUAUAGUUGAGCUUCACGAGGUUAUGGCCAGUAAAUCAAAGAUUUACUUCGCCAUGGAAUUUGUUAAAGGCGGUGAAUUGUUCGCGAAGGUUGCCAAAGGGAGGUUAAGGGAAGAUAUAGCACGUGGCUAUUUUCAGCAAUUGAUUUCGGCUAUUGAUUUUUGUCAUAGCCGUGGAGUUUAUCAUAGGGAUUUAAAGCCUGAAAAUUUGUUAUUAGAUGAAGAAGGUAAUCUUAAGGUAACUGAUUUUGGGCUUAGCGCGUUUUCGGAUCAUUUAAGGCAAGAUGGUUUGUUACAUACAACAUGUGGUACCCCUGCUUAUGUUGCACCUGAAGUUAUUGGUAAAAAUGGCUAUAAUGGUGCAACAGCUGAUAUUUGGUCAUGUGGUGUAAUUCUUUAUGUGCUUAUAGCUGGUUUUUUACCAUUUCAAGAUGAGAAUAUUAUGGUUAUGUAUAAGAAAAUUCAUAGUGGUGCUUUUAAGUGUCCACCGUGGUUUUCAUCAGAUGCAAGAAAGUUGAUAACAAGAAUGUUGGAUCCGAAUCCGAGUACUAGAAUUACUGCUUCAAAGAUUAUGGAUUCCUCUUGGUUUAAAAAAUCUGUGCCAAAGAUAUUGAAGACUAAAGAGGAAGAAGAAUUUGGCGUAGGAAAGGCGAAAACUAUUGAGUCUUUAAAUGCUUUUCAUAUCAUAUCUUUAUCGGAGGGGUUCGAUUUGUCACCUUUGUUUGAGGAAAAGAAGAAGAUGGAGAAGGAACAAUUGAGGUUUGCAACAACAAAGCCAGCUAGUAGUGUGAUAUCAAAGCUAGAGGAAGUGGCGAAGACGACGAAAUUCAGUUUAAAGAGGAGUGAUUCUAGUGUUAGAUUGCAAGGGCAAGAGAGUGGGAGAAAAGGGAAAUUAAGAAUUGCUGCUGAUAUAUUUGCUGUGACACCUUCAUUUUUGGUUGUGGAAGUGAAGAAAGCAAGUGGUGAUACAUUGGAGUACAACCAGUUUUGCAGCAAAGAGCUUAGGCCAGCUCUUAAGGAUAUUCUUUGGACAUCAGCACCUGAGAAUUCAACUCUUGCUUGAGUUACUAGAAGCUAUAGAUUCAUGUGUUAGAGGAUUGAAUUUGUUUAGUUUUGUUCUUGUUCUUGUUUUUAGAUGUGCUUAUUGAUAUUGAGACUGAAUUUGAAUUAUGUGUCUUGAAAUGAAACUAGGCUGAAUUUGUUUAGUUUUGUUCUUGUUCUUGUUUUUAGAUGUGUUUAUUGAUAUUGAGACUGAAUUGAAGUAUGUCUCUUGAAAUGAAACUAGGCUUCUGAUGUUGCAUCUUUUGAUA